GCAUCCUUGUUCCCAUAAAAUCCCACACCAGCCCGACCAGCACCGCCUAAUAGUUUCUCCUUGCAGCAGCACAGAAGCCAGCGCCCAUUCCACUGCCAGAGAAUUCAUUUACCCAUUUCCCUGAGAACCGACUAUUUCUUCGAUUUAUACCUGUUUCACCCAGUCUCGCACUCGCCAUGCCCCCCAGCCCCGCACCCCCGCCGAAGCCGACGGCGGCCGAAAGACUUGCUGCCCGCGAGCCCAUCCCAAAGCCCGUGCCAGCCUACCUGCCGCAACCAGGCUCCGUCCUGACCGUAGACAAGGACGCGUAUAACCGCAUACAGUCGGCGCCCCGCGUGCUCGUCGAGGAGUUCACGCUGCCGAUCCGGUCCGGCAGGGCCUGGAAGGCGCCUGCCGGGUCCAUCGUCCGCAUCAGCACGCCCGAGGGGCCACAGGUUGGUGACCUGAACAUCUGGAACGCUCACAACCCCCGCGAGCGCUUCUGGGCCAGCCGCACGAAGCAGCUGCACUCCUCGCACGUGAGCACCCACGACCGCCUGUGGUCCUGCCUCCCCUACAUGCGGCCGCUGGCCACCAUAGUGGCCGAUACGCUGUCGUGGUACGGCGUCGACGAGCACGGCGGCCGCGUCCACGACCUUCUCGGCACCCGCUGCGAUCCCUAUAUCAACACCGUCCUCAGCGGCGGCACCUACGACUACCAGUGCCACAGCAACCUGACCCGCGCCGUCCUGCCGUUCGGGCUGAACGAGCAGGACGUGCAUGACGUCAUCAACCUGUUCCAGGUCACGGGUCUCGACGACCAGGGCCGGUACUUUAUGAACCCUUGCCCCGCCGAGGCUGGUGACUACAUUGAGCUGUUUGCAGAGCAGGACCUCUUGCUUGCGUUGAGCACCUGCCCCGGCGGAGAUUUGUCUCUCUGGGGAUUCGGGGCUGCCAGCGAGCAGGAGAUGAUCAAGUGCUGUCGGCCGCUCAGGGUCGAAGUGUUCGAGAUCCAAGACAAGAACUUCCUAGAGGCCCAGGGGUGGAAGGCUGCGGAGCGAUCCAAGUACGCCGGAGCACAUGGCCUGGACAUUCCAAUGGGGGAGGGGCUCCCCUCCUCACGAUAGCCAGGUGGCAUUGUGAAUUUUGGCUGCCUGGAAGGUCGCGUGGCUUAAUGCGAUGCUGUCAAAGGGCGCAAAAGACACGUUAUUGACAAGCGACUUGACACAGUCAUUUUUCCUGUCGCGACCUCCUGUGCAAAUGGCUGGCCUCCAGCUCCGACACCGGCAUCGGCCGACACCCCACCAAAUCUAGAACCCCCUCGGCCCCACCCCCUGAACCUCGCUUAGUCGUCCUCACAUCGCUGAGUCACGUUAGCCUGUGCAUCUGUCAUCGAAAUAGAGGACGAAUGACAUCUAUGUCUGCGCCC